CGCCCACAAGUACAUGCGUCACUUCUGCCCGGUCUCUCGCGAGCGCCCUGACUGUCUCCAGCCGCACGUGCCAUCAGCUCUUCGGAUAAAUAUCUGAAUCGUCCCCUCUCAGCCGAAGCUGCUCAACAUGGAUGACUGGGAGGAAGAUCAGAGCCCUGUUGUGUCCUCAAAAUCAGGAUUUGGCCUGGGCUCCAGCAGUACUGAUGGAGGGUUCAAGAGCUUCUAUACAGGAAGUGCAGGAAAUGAGAAGACAAACAAUGAAGAUAGUGACUCGUGGAGGUCGACUGCUGGCGACGGGUUCAGAGGCAGAGGAGGCAGGGGAGGAUCCCGAGGAGGGAGAGGAGGCUUCAGGAACACCUUUAAAGAAAUCGAUGAAAAUGGCAACGACGAGGGGUGGAAAGGAGGCGAGAGCCGAGGAAGAGGCCGCGGUGGCUUCCGUGGGGGGUCUCGAGGUGGUUUCCGUGACGGUGGUAAUGAAGAGACCGAAAGAAGAGGCUUUGGGAAAGAUGGUGAUGAAAAUGGCAACGACGGAGGGUGGAGAGGAGGUGAGAGCCGAGGAAGAGGCCGUGGUGGCUUCCGUGGGGGGUUUAGUGAUGGUGGCGAUGAAGAGACGGGGAAAAGAGGCUUUGGAGGUGGAAGAGGAGGUUUCAGAGGCCAGAAUGAGGAAGUGUUCUCCAAGGUCUCAACAUCAGACAACACAGAUCAAGAAGCUGGUGAAAAUGCAGGACCCAAGGUGGUCUAUGUGCCGCCGCCCCCUCCAGAAGAGGAGAGCUCCAUAUUUGCACAAUUUGCCACAGGCCUUAAUUUUGAUAAAUAUGACGAUAUUCCCGUGGAAGUGAGCGGCAGCAAUACUCCAAAAGCCAUUAUGACCUUUGACGAAGCAGGACUUUGUGAAUCACUGAGCAAGAAUGUAAGGAAGUCUGGAUAUGUGAAGCCUACUCCUGUCCAGAAAUAUGGGAUCCCCAUUAUCUCAGCUGGACGGGAUCUAAUGGCUUGUGCCCAGACCGGAUCAGGAAAAACGGCGGCGUUCCUGCUGCCCAUCCUGCAGCAGUUCAUGACUGAUGGAGUGGCGGCCAGCAAGUUCAGCGAGGUGCAGGAGCCCGAGGCCAUCAUCGUGGCUCCCACCAGAGAGCUCAUCAACCAGAUCUAUCUGGAGGCUAGGAAGUUCGCAUUUGGGACCUGUGUGCGCCCUGUGGUGGUUUAUGGCGGUAUAAAUACUGGAUAUACUAUUCGAGAGGUGUUGAAGGGCUGCAAUGUUUUGUGUGGGACCCCUGGAAGAUUGCUUGACAUCAUUGGGCGUGGAAAGGUUAGCCUGAGUAAGCUACGGUAUUUGGUUCUGGAUGAAGCAGACCGGAUGCUGGACAUGGGCUUCGAGCCAGAUAUGCGAAAGCUAGUGGGAUCUCCAGGAAUCCCUCCAAAAGAGGAACGGCAAACCCUCAUGUUCAGUGCCACCUUCCCUGAAGAGAUCCAAAGGUUGGCAGCAGAGUUUCUGAAAGUGGACUACCUCUUCCUCGCUGUCGGUGUGGUGGGCGGAGCCUGCAGUGAUGUGGAGCAGACCAUCAUUCAGGUGGACCAGUUCUCCAAGAGGGAGCAGCUGCUGGAACUGCUCAAAACUACAGGGACUGAUCGCACAAUGGUCUUUGUUGAAACCAAAAGAAGUGCUGAUUUCAUAGCAACGUUUCUCUGUCAGGAGAAGAUCAAUACUACAAGCAUCCACGGUGACCGGGAGCAGCGGGAGCGAGAGAAAGCUCUCAGUGACUUCCGCACAGGCCAGUGUCCGGUGCUGGUGGCCACGUCUGUCGCUGCCAGAGGCCUGGACAUCGAGCAUGUGCAGCAUGUGGUGAACUUCGACCUGCCCAGCAGCAUCGAUGAAUACGUCCACCGCAUUGGAAGAACCGGACGCUGUGGGAACACUGGUCGGGCCGUGUCCUUUUUUAACCCAGAGUCAGACACUCCAGUAGCUCGCUCUCUGGUCAAAGUCCUUUCAGGGGCUCAACAGACGGUUCCCAAAUGGCUGGAGGAAAUCGCGUUCAGUGCUCAUGGGACAACCGGCUUCAACCCACGGGGAAGAACGUUUGCGUCCACAGACACGCGGAAGGGCGGAUCCUUCAAGGCCGAUGAGCCGGCGCCCGCAGCAUCAAACCCAGCGUCCGCCGCAGCCGACGACGAGGAAUGGGAAUAACUGCUCCUACACCAUGUUCUAUUAUGUAGAUUAACUUUUAUUUUUGAGUUUAUUCAUUUCUCCGACAUGUUUGUUAAGUUGAGUGAUUAAGGUAGCAUUACAGUAAAGCUGUUGCAUUUAAAGAGUCACAUUCUUGAAGCUGUAGGUUUGACCUCCAGGCCAGAGCACUAAUCAGGACAUGAUGCCUUUUAGCUGUUUGGAUUGAUGAUUUUCCUUUGUAUCACUUGUUUUGACUGGAGCACGACUGGAUUAGUGGAUUUGUUUUAAGUUGUCACAUUUUAACACUUUGCUAAGAGUAUUGAGUUUUGUAUGUCUUUCCCUGAAGCUCAUUCCUACAGUUGUAUCUUACCAAUCAGUUCUGUUGUUAAAUGUGACAGUUUGCAGGUUGUUUUUCUUGACGUUUUCGUCUUAAAGCCAAUGUAUACAACAAGUAAAGAAACUUGUUUUGCCAAUGUACCUUGCCGGAUAAAGGUAAAUAAAGUGAUUGUUUACCGCACA